AUGGAGCCCGUCGACCUCGUACCGAGCGGGUACAGGUUCCUUCCCACGGCGGAGGAACUCGUGGUUGACUACCUUGCAAACUGGGUCGCCGGCAAACCCCUCCCUGGCCGCACUGUCGUCUUCGCCGACGUCUACGGCACCGAGCCGUGGAAUCUUCUCGGCAGCGAUCGCCAUGAAGGCUAUUUCUUUGCGGAGCGGAAGCCUAAGAACAACGGCGGCUCGCGCGUGGAUAGAAAGGCCGGCAGCGGUUCUUGGACUCUGUACAACAAUCAAGAAACCGUUAAGUCCAUCGUCGGCGGGCGCGAGAUGGUGGUGGGGCGAAAAAGCUGCCUAUCCUUCAACGAUGGCCGUCGGAAGAACUCCGGGUGGACAAUGUACGAAUAUCAGAUGUGUUCAUCCGGAUUCGAGAGACGAGUUCUCUGUCACGUUAAGAGAAGCUCGCAUCAGGCCAUCUCCGGAGGCACCACCAUCAAAACGGUCGAGUCCACCUUCGCAGAGGCCGCGGUCACCGGCGACAGCUUCGUUGGGCGGAAGAGAAAUAGAGAGGAAUCUUCUACUCUCUCCGCGAAAGCAUCGACUCUAUCAAAGAAGCCAUGCUGGGGGUUGGUUGCACAUUCCAGCAGAGCAUUGCUGAUCGACGCUUCACCACCUCCAACCGCGGUUGUCCAAUUUCCCUUAUUGGCUGCCCCGGAGAGUCAUCAUUCCUCGGUCGACUCUGUUGCACCGAACAAAGCCGGAGUCCCAGCCGCCUCUCCAUCAUCAACGGACGUUGGUGGAGAGCUCGUGAUAACUGCGGAAGAACUCGAAGCAUUCUUGGCUUCGUAUUCGUCGUCGGUCGAUCAGAACUGCACCGACGAUGCUUUCUUCACCAGAGAGGUUGAAGCCUUCCUGAUGUCGGACGAAACCGACAUAGCCUCGACUACCAUCCCGAAGGCCUCGCCGUCAGGCCUGGUCGAUCUUCUGGUGAUGCCCGAUGACACUCGGAUUGAUUCGACCACGGUCGCAGAGGUUUCCUCCUCAUCUCGGAUUGAUUCGACCACGGUCGCAAAGGUUUCCUCGUCAUCGUCGUCGAUAGACUUCGUUGCGUGUGAGCAGAUGUACAGCACCAGCACCGACGAUGACUUCUUCACGAGCCUGGAACAGGUCCGUGCUUUCUUGAUGUCCGAUGACACCUUCACUGCCUCGACCACGAUCCCAGUGGCCUCGCUGGGACAAUGCUCGCUCGACAACCCCUAUUGA